AAGGUGCUAGGUUUAAAAUUUGUUGUCAUUAGAAAACAACUAUAGUUAGAUGAACACUAAGUUGCUUUCUUUACUUAACUUGCUAUGAAGCUUUAACUCUUUUGGGGAUCUGAUACAUUGAUUUUGUUUUCCAGAAUGGUUUCUUAUCAAUUCUUUGCCACCUGAUGCUGCUAUCUUUGCUGUCCCUUUUGCUUAUGCUGAUUAUCCUAUUAAAUGUUCUGUAAUUGAUUUUAAAUUGCCACUCUUUCAACUUCAAAAACUGUUUCUCUUGCUUCCAUAUUGGUCUCUGAGUACAAUGAAUGAAAUUUGUUGACAAGUUUGUUGUUUCCCAAUCCCUUAUUCUUUUUUAUUUCUGCAUGUUUGUAUGCUUGCUUCCCUGUGUUUUUUUUGGUAUAUGGUAAGUGUAGAUAAGUUCAGUGUGACCAUCUUAUUUGAUCUUUUUCCUGGGGUUUUCAGUGAAUCUUUUUGCAUUUUAGCUGGCCUGCAAUCUUUAUAUGAUACCUAAAAUUGUUAUACUUCAAUUUUAAGUCAGAUUUUGAUCAUUUUGUACUUUAGUUUUGAGAAGUCCCCAAGACAUGACACUUAUGUGCCCAAAUUUGAAGCUGAACUGGCUCAGUUUUGUGAGAAAUUGGUGAUGGACCUGGAUAGAAGAGUUAGGCGUGGGCGUGAACGUCUUGCUCAAGAUGUAGAACCUGUACCGUCUGUACCAUUAUCAGCAGAAAAGUCUGAACAGUUAUCUGUUUUGGAGGAAAAAAUAAAGAACCUUCUAGAACAAGUUGAGGCCCUUGGUGAAGCUGGGAAGGUGGAUGAAGCUGAAGCACUAAUGAGAAAGGUGGAGAUGCUUAAUUCUGAAAAAACUGCAUUGACUCAACAACCCCAGAAUGAUAAGGUAUCGAUGCUUGCUCAGGAGAAAAAGAUGGCCCUUUGUGAGGUUUGUGGUUCCUUUUUAGUUGCAAAUGAUGCUGCAGAAAGGACUCAGUCUCAUGUUACAGGAAAGCAACAUAUUGGUUUUGGCAUGGUUCGUGAUUUUAUCUCAGAGUAUAAAGCAGCUAAGGAGAAGGCAAGGGAGGAGGAAAAAUUAGCAAGGGAGAAAGAAGCUGAAGAACGGAGGAAGCAGAGGGAGAAGGAAUAUGAGAGUAGAAGGCGAAGAAGUGAUUCAAGUGACCAGGAAAGGCAUCGAGAUCGAGGGAGGGAGCGGGACCGAUACUCAGAACGUGAUUUAGACCGUGAAAGGUCUCGGGAGAGGAGUGGUAGGGGAAGUCGAGAUGGAGGUAGGGAUUGGAGAUAUAGGAAUGGAAGGGAUGAAGGCAGGGACAGGCACCAUGACCAAAGCAGGUCACGUUCCCCUGGCAGACAUGGUCACAGGAGGUCCUCUAGAAGUCCAAAUCGCCGGUAGGUGGAUUGCGUAGAUAAAUGUUUGAGCUUUCAAAUUAAAUGAGGUAGACUUCUUACAUAUCCUAGUUUCUUGAAUGUCGAAUUUUGUCAUUGUGGAUGAAACUUUUUCUUGGUAUCACACAGCUUUGUUGAGACUAGACCUUAUCAACUCCCUUUGAUCAAAAUAUUAUUAGAGGGCGAAAGGAUUGAGGUAGGUAUGACAAUGUUAUUUGUAACGCCAUUUAUGUUAUUUGGACUAAAUUUCCUGUGCGCAU